GUAGCAACGAUGCUGCCUCUGAAGCCUCCGUACCUGUUGGCGCUCCUUCUCCUCAGCGGCCUGGCGGCUCUGCUGGUUUUGUUCCAGAGCCAGCCUCGCCCGCCGCCCUCCCCAGACCUUCAGCGGCGGCGGGGGCGGCUGCCGCCCGGCCAGCCUCGGGAAGGCGAUCUCCUCCGGCCCGCCUGCGACGCUCUGCUCAAGGGGGAGAAAGCCUUCGUCUGGGGGAGCCCCCUCGGGACCUCUUUCGGGCGAUCGCCCUCCUGCCCGGAUUACCUGCGGGAGAGUCACUACCUCACGGAGGCCCUGACGGCCGAAGAAGCCGCUUUCCCCGUCGCCUACAUCGUGACCCUCCACAAGGACUUCGCGACGUUUGAGCGGAUCUUCCGCGCCUUCUACGCGCCCCACAACGUCUACUGCAUCCACGUGGACGAGAAGGCCCCCGCCGAGUACCGGCAGGAUGUGGAGAGCCUGGUCGAGUGCUUUCCCAACGCUUUCCUCGUCUCCAAAGCCGAGCCGGUCAUCUAUGCCGGGAUCUCGCGGCUCCAGGCCGAUCUGAACUGCCUGAAGGACCUCCUGGGGCACGGGAUCCGGUGGACCUACGUGCUCAACAUGUGCGGGCAAGACUUCCCCUUGAGGACCAACAAGGAGAUCGUCCAGCACCUGAAGGGGUUCAAAGGGAAAAACAUCACCCCGGGGGUGCUCCCGCCGCCUCCCAUCCAAGUCCGGACCAAAUACGUCUACAAGGAGCACAUCGGCAAAGAGGCCUCCUACAUGAAAAGGACCUCGGCCCUGAAGUCGCCCCCGCCCCACAAUCUGACCAUCUACUUCGGCUCGGCUUACGUGGCCCUCACCCGGCCCUUCGUGGAGUUUCUGUUCAGGGACAAGCGGGCCCUGGAUUUGCUCGAGUGGUCGAAGGACACCUACAGCCCCGACGAACAUUUUUGGGUGACGCUCAAUAGGAUCCCAGGUGUCCCUGGUUCCAUGCCAAAUGCCACAUGGGAAGGUGACCUGAGAGCUGUCAAGUGGAGUAAUUCAGAGAAGGCUCAUGGAGGAUGUCAUGGUCAUUAUGUCAGGAGUAUUUGUAUCUAUGGAACUGGUGAUCUGAAGUGGCUGCUCGGGCUCAAAAGCCUGUUUGCUAAUAAAUUUGAACUUGGAACAUAUCCGCCCACUGUGGAAUGCCUGGAACUGAAGCUUCGGGAAAGAGCCUUGAACCAGAGUGAGGUACCUGUGGAUCCAAGUUGGUACCUCUAGCAAAACAUUUUGUUUUUUUGUUUUAAUUAAAGUGAUGAAGGGAAAAAAAUGAUACAGAGCCUGCACUCUGGAAGGAAAUUUUUUUGGUUUGGAGCAAUGCAUCUUUCGGAUGUCCAAUACGGGUGCUUCUCCUGUCUUUGCACUAAGGCCGAAAUACAAAGACAGUGCAAUCUGCUUGUUAACGGAGUCUUCUUAAUAUUCUUGACAUCUGCAUCUCCUUUUGGGGGGAAAAAGGUUAUCAAGAUAUUCUUUGUUAAUGCUGUGAGAACAGGUUCUGAGUAAUGGAGGACAAAGACAGUGAGCGACGGGAUGGCAAAGCCUCACCAAGCGAUUGUUCAGAGAAACGGCUACAAUUUGGCAGCAUUGCCCCAAAAGGACCUCUUGACAGGACUUUGUCUUUGAACUCAGCUUGCCGUUUGGAGAAAUCGUACCAGCUUCGACUUGCCUUCAAAGCAUUACCCUUGAUCCUGCAUAGGUCAAAGCUCACAGUACAAACACACGGGUGCUGGGGGGGGUUUCCAUUUAUCUGCACUGUCUGCCCAUGGAGAGCCAGCACACCUCCUCAGCAGUGGGAACCUCACGUGUGUGAGCAGGAGAGCAAAACAGAAACGGGAGGUGGGAAAGGCGUUUUUAUAGCUCCAAAACCAUGUUUACACUUCUGCCAUGUUUGACAUAGAGGCUUAAUGAUCCUGGAAGUGGCAAAGGGAAAAGGAAACCGCCAGGGUGCAAAAGAACCCAUAAACCUAUUAGGCCAGAAGUGGCUUGUGGUUAAAACAGGGGACACCUUAUCCCAUAAUAUCCGAACAAGAGCCCCUCCACUUGCACCACAAAGUCCCUAUUAGGGCUGAGUCCUAGAGUCCUGUCUCUAUUCUACUCCUUUCUUCAGAGUAGGGGCAGCCUUCCUCACCUAGGGGUUAUGGGAGUUACUGUGCAACCAUCCACAAGGCACCAGACUGAGGAAGGUCAGCUUUGGGAAUCGCAUGUGCUGUCUGAUAAAAUUAAGAGGGAAUUAACUUCUCCUGGUUUCUAUGAAACAUGCUCUCUCUGGAGGGAAGAUUGAAAAGAUGAUAAAAAAAAUCCCAGGAAAGAAAAAGUUUGAAAAUAAUAAUAAUAAAACCUUUUGAAAUGUUUUUCCCCCCUCCAGGAUUGACAAUUAAUUCUGAGGUCAAUCCUCAGAAUUUGUUCUUGCACCUGGAAUUUUGCAGGAAAAGAUUGGCCAAUGUAAAAACAUCUGCUAGUUCUUGCUUGUUAUCCACUAUAUGCAUGAAAAUGAGAUGUAAAAUUUGGAGCUUGCUGGCAGAGCUUGGAAUUUUUACCUUGUUUUGAAUUACAGAUGCUGUAAUCCUGGGGUGGGAAUCCUAUGAUUUAUAGUCCAAAAAUAAUGUUUUUCAAAGCUCUGCUAUGAUAAUAAUCUCUCUCUGUUUUUGUGUCUUCCUGUUAAUCAUGUGUCCUAUGUCUCAAUUGUGGUUUGUGAAUGCUUGUACUUUUAAAUGAAUUGAAACUGUGAUUUUUGUUCCCACUGAGCAAACAUAUUUGAAGAUAAAGAACAAGGUAUUUU